AUGAUGCGUUCAUCUAUUGUGUCUUUCCUUAUGGGAUUCGCAGCUACAGCUGCUGCUGUUACUCUCACGCUUCCCACAGAUAGUGCAUGCAUUGACUUGACCAAAAAUUUGCUUGUCGAGUGGACUGCUACUGCCCAGGAGGUUCAAGAUAUUACAGAGGUUUCCUUCCGACUUGCAAACUAUAACGGGGCAUACCCUAAUGUCAACGAUCCACUACCACUAUCAGUUGAUGGAAGUGUUCCUACACAAAGGGGUUUUGUCCUCAUUCCUCGCAUGAGUUAUGCAGAUGCUCUGCGGUACUACAAUAUGAACAAUGGGCAAGGAUUUACUAUCAGAAUCACCCGUGGCAGCCUCGCGCUGGAGGAUGAAUCCCACCUAGAUGAAAAUCAUAUCACGAUCGCAAGACCGGGCGGUGGGUGCUAG